AUGAGCAACGAAAACACUCUUUUGUUUGCUCUACCUUUGGAGUUACGAGAGCUCAUCUACAAAUACAUUCUUCUAGAUCCCUCACAGGGCCCAGAAAUCCUACAGGCAUGCCACGACAUAAAUACGGAAGCACGAAAAUUCCUGUACCAAAGACCUAUCGUCUUCCGGAGCCAAGCUGCUCUGAACGACUGGCUGGAAGGAAGACCACGAGACGUACUGCAAGACGUUCAUGAGCUGUCUCUUGAGCUCCAGGAUGUGGAUCUGACACCAUUAUUGGUCUCUGAUCGAUCCGCCGACAGUCACGGGCGAACGAGAAGCCUUCGAACAUGGGAGCUAUACGAGGAAGAGCUCGAUAGACUCGAUCAAGCUUUUACGAAGCUUCCGAACAUCACAACUCUGAGCAUCCGGGCGACUAGUGGCCGACAGACACACUUGUACGAAGAUUUUAUGGCAAAGGCGCUGCACAUGAUCGCAUCUCACUGGCCUUUGCUGCGAGACCUGGCAUUAGAGGGCAACAUGCAUGCCCAGAGCCUUGGUGUUAUAAAUGACCUCAGAGCGCUGACCGCAUUCUCCUUUGAUGGCUUUUGCGGUACGGAGCCCGCCGAGACUGCCGCACUAUUGUCAAGACUUUGUUUGACGCGCAUGUCGAUCGUAUCCCAGCCUGGCCUGCUAACACCAACACGUGGACAACACAGCAACUUCACGUCCAAAAUCCAGUCAUUCGACGCAUCAGUUCUCCGUUCAGUCGACCAAUUGGCGUAUCUGUCCAUCAGCGAACGCGUGCCCUCGGCUGCGUCAUCGGCGCUAUUCUUCACAUCGGAGAUCCUCGGCUCCCUUCACAGCCACAAGACCCUUUCAACAUUAUCCCUCCGCUCGUCACAUGCACCCGAUGAAGACACUCUCGACGCGUUGAAUGAGUUUCUUAAGAAGAGCAUCUCGGUGAUUAGGUUAGAACUCGACUGGCCACACUUGAACCCGGCUAUACUGUACAUCCUCACCAGCCGUUUGAAGAGCCUGUGGAUCAGAGCAGCAAGCUUGUCGGUCGCAUCUGAUAUUCUUGGCGCGUUACUUGAAAGCCGGGAGGAUGGAGGCGUACAGAAGCUUCGGAAAGUAGUCCUCGUACGAGAUAACUGGGACGCAGGAUUCGUGGUGGAGUCACAACUUGAACACGAUGAUGAAGACGCGAAUUCGGACCUAGAAGAGGAGUAUGAGGACGAGGACUCCAACGAGUUUGAUUUCGCAGCUCUGAAGACAUCAUUGAACGAGCUGGGCAUUGAGGUGGCAUGGCAUACCGAGGUACAGUAG